AUGCCACACACUUGCUGGUUACUUAUCCUGGUCGCGGUGCAUAUCGGCCUCGUGGCGCAAGGUGGAGAAGUCGGUGACAUUGAGCUGAAUGAGGUGCGCAUUGGAUUUGGGACAUCGUUCAGUGCGAGACGUGACGUUCGGUUCCACCUGUACACCGUGCUCAAUCGAGUGGAUGCACAUGUGUUCUCCAUCGACACCGUUGACACGUUGAUGCGAUCGUUCUACAACUCCAGCCACCCGGUCAGAAUCAUAAUACACGGGUGGUUCAACAACGCCACCUCACUGGUGAUUCAAGGCAUCAAGGAUGCGUAUCUGGAUGUUGGAAGUUACAACGUGAUCGGUGUUGAUUGGGGUCUCGGUGCAGGGGAUUCGUACUUCCGUGCAUCUCAGUACACGAUAGCCGUGGGUCUUGUGGUGGCGGAUCUGGUCAAUCAGCUCGUUCGCUCGAACCUCACGGAUGUGGAAAGGUUGUACCUGGUGGGCCACAGUUUGGGCGCUCACGUCGCUGGCAAUGCAGGCCACUCGCUGAAGACGCAACAGCUGCAGGUGAUCUACGGGCUCGAUCCGGCCUCCAUAAACUUCUUCCAGGACGAACCGGACACGCGUCUCAGCCCGGAUGAUGCCGCAUACGUCGAGGUCAUCCAUACCAACACACAGUUCUCUGGGUAUCCGGCACCGCUUGGACAUGUCGACUUUUACAUGAACUACGGCCGGAAGCAGCCGGGUUGUAAAACCGACGUUUGUAGCCACGGCCGAUCGACGGAGUACUUCAUCGAAUCGCUGACGAAUGCCACCAAAGGAUUCUGGGGAGUAGGAUGUAACGACUACAGCGAGAUCAAGUCACGCACGUGUUACAACAUCAAGCAGCUGGCGCUGAUGGGAGCCGACUACGGGCAGAAGAAUAUUUCCGCUGGAGUUUACACAGUCGAAACGAUGUCGGAGCCACCGUACGCGAAGGGUUACGUGCACUAG